CACCCAGAAUGUGUGUUUACUUUAUAAAUUUGAAUAUGCACAUCAGUGGAACAGCUACAUCUCGCCGCCUCUAUUAAAAAAAAUGGAAGUAACACGUUCAUUUAUGCCCAAGCGAAGAAGAAAAGUGGGGGUUAGAGAAGUGCGGUUGUUCAUUUCCUGCUUUGAGCUGCGUUCAAAACAGAGAAGAGAAACUUCCUUGAUUGCAAAGUUAACCGAAGAGGCCAUUCUGUCAGCGCACUGCAGCUGGGUCGCUUUUUUUAAUUUUUUUUUCUUUCUUUCAAGCGAGAUACAUGCUGAUUUCAGAUAAAGUGGAUCUUUUUUAAGAGGCAUCAUGAGCCGAGGAUCUAAAAGUAAGGGCGAGAGCAUCCGAAGCUCUUUGUUGAGCCAACAGGAGAAUGAGAAGCUGGACGAGCUGCUGGGAAGAAGAUGUGCAUCCAUGGCCACUGCAGUGGCUCAGCUGUACAUGGCUCUCCCUCACAGCCCAACCACGUGGAGCUUGCAGCACACCGGGGUGGUUUGCUUCGUCAAAGACAACCCCCAGCGCUCCUACUUCAUACGAAUGUUUGACAUGAAGGCAGAGAAACUGGUUUGGGAGCAGGAGCUGUACAACCAAAUCACUUACUCAACGCCACGCACGUUCUUUCACACCUUCACUGCAGAUGAUUGUCAAGUGGGCCUGAACUUCACAGACGAAGGGGAAGCAGAAGUUUUUCAGAAUGCCGUUGUGGAGAAAAUCAGUCAAAGAAACAACCGCCAAGAGAAGAAACAGCGCCCCCUACCGACGCCUGAUCGAGGUUCCUUACCUCCACUUCCCCCUGACAAAGCAGCUGGCAGCCAAGGUUCCUUUCACAUGGCAACAGUGGACAUCCAAAACCCAGACAUCCAGUCUUCACGUUAUCGCUCCAUGCCUCCCCCCCCUGCUGCUUCAGUUGUAGUUAUUAAUAAUAAGAAAGGCAAGAAGAACAAGAAGAAAGGUCCUAAGCUGUCCAAAGCAGACAUCGGAGCACCCAGCGGGUUUAAGCAUGUGUCGCAUGUUGGAUGGGACCCCAACAAUAUUGACCCUAAUCUGCUGAAGCUGUUCUCCCAGGCGGGCAUCAGUGAAGCUGACCUCAAGGAUGAGAAGACCUCCCAGCUCAUCUACAAUGUCAUUGAGGAGUCGGGGGGCAUGGAGGCUGUCCAGCAAGCGGCCAACAAAGCAGCUGCUGCACCUCCACCACCUCCACAUGGCAGACAGGGGGCCCUGCCUCCUCUACCCGGUUCUACCCCAGCCCCUCCGCCCCCUCGAGGUCGCUCCGGCCCUCUGCCACCCCUACCAGGUCAACCGCAGCGUGGGGGCCCGACCCCCAAUCCACCUCCAGCACGUGGAGGCCUGCCACCUCCGCCUCCAUCAAGUCGGGGGGGCCUGCCCCCACCCCCUCCGCAGGCGCCACCCUCCUCAAAACAGGGGGGCUCCUUCCCGGUGCCCUCCCACAGCAUGCCACCACCCCCACCGCCAUCAAACAAGCGCAGCAUGGGGGCUCCUCCCCCUGUCCCAUCAGCACCCACCAGAGGAGGUGGAGGGGGGGGCCCACCACCACCUCCACCACCCCCACCUCCACCUGCCCAAGUCUUCAUUCCUUCAGAUUUUCCUCCUCCUCCACCAAGUUUCGGAGCUUCAGAACCUGCACAGUCCGCUAGCGCAUCCUCCGGGGGAGGAGACAGCAGAGGGGCUCUGUUGGACCAGAUCAGACUAGGAAAAAGUCUCAGAAAGGUGGAGAACUCUGAACCAGCCUCACCUGCAGCUGCAGAACCAGCCCAGGGCAUUGUGGGUGCUCUCAUGUCGGUCAUGCAGAAGAGGAGUAAAGCCAUCCAUUCUUCCGAUGAAAGUGAAGACGAGGGAGGAGAUGAUGACGAUGACGAUGAAGAAUGGGACGACUGAUCUUGCAUUGGUGGUUUUUGUGUGUUCUUUGCUUUUUAUCUGUUACAUGCAAUGAAUCGUCACGGACACAUUUGUUGCAAACUGGACUGCGAUUCAUGUAUAUGUAUCUCACAUUGCCAAAAGUAUUCACUCUUUCAUUGAGAUAAUAAAAUGUAGGUGUCUCAGCCGUUACCAUGGCAACAGGUGUAAAAAGUCAUGAGAAAACAGAUCGUUCUCAGGUGUGGAGUGAAUUCAAGCAGUCCAAUGGCAGGUUGAUGCCUGUGCAACAAGAACAGUUGUAAAACUUUCAUACUGCAGCAUAUUAUGACCAAGUGGAUGCGAAUUGCAAAGGGGUAAAGGACUUCAUACCGGUGUGUGCAUAGGUUGACAAAUUUGUGCAUUACAGACUUCCAAAAUUCA